AAAACAAAGCCGUGGCGACAUCGCGUCCCAGGGCAGGUCCCGGUUUCCCUGCGCGCGGCCGAGCCAGGCUCGCCCGCCCCGCUCUGUCGUUCGUCUCGGCGCCCGCCUAGAACCAGGAGAUCGAGCCUGGGGGGCGCGGCGGCGGCGGCGGCGGCCGCUCCCCCCACGCCCCCCCCUCCGCCCCACCCCACCCCGCCCCUCCCUCCCGCGGGGGCGGGCGGGCGCGCGUGCGCGCGGCGGCGGCGGGGACGCGCCCGGCGGCGGGGGCGCGCACCGAGGCGCCGCUCAGUUCAGGGGCGCCCACGGAGCGGCCGCCAUAUGCCGCGGCUGCCGCGGCGGCUCCGAGCGGCGCUGCCCCCCGGCAUCCUCCUCGUCCUCAGCCUCCUCCUCCUCCUCCCCGCGGCGGGCGCGGACGGAGCGCGGCGCCUCCAUGGGAAGUUCGCACCUCCUGAACAAGGGCUUGCCUCUAGGCAUUCGACCUCCAAUCAUGAAUGGGCCCAUGCACCCGCGCCCCUUGGUAGCAUUGCUGGAUGGCAGGGACUGUACAGUAGAAAUGCCUAUUCUGAAGGAUGUAGCCACAGUGGCAUUUUGUGAUGCUCAGUCUACACAAGAAAUUCAUGAAAAGGUACUAAAUGAAGCAGUGGGUGCACUGAUGUAUCACACUAUAACUUUAACUCGAGAAGACCUGGAGAAAUUUAAAGCACUUCGAAUAAUUGUCCGAAUUGGCAGUGGUUUUGAUAAUAUUGACAUCAAAUCUGCUGGAGAUUUAGGGAUCGCCGUGUGUAACGUGCCAGCCGCCUCCGUAGAAGAAACGGCAGAUUCCACCAUGUGCCACAUCCUGAACCUGUACAGGAGAACCACCUGGCUGCACCAGGCCCUGCGGGAAGGCACGAGGGUACAGAGCGUGGAACAGAUUCGGGAAGUGGCCUCUGGAGCUGCCCGGAUCAGAGGGGAGACCUUGGGCAUCAUUGGAUUAGGGCGUGUUGGGCAAGCAGUAGCUCUUCGUGCCAAAGCCUUUGGCUUCAGUGUGAUUUUCUAUGACCCGUACCUCUCGGAUGGCAUGGAGCGUGCUCUGGGACUGCAGCGGGUGAGCACUUUGCAGGACCUGCUGUUCCACAGUGACUGUGUUACCCUGCACUGCAACUUGAAUGAACACAAUCAUCAUCUUAUUAAUGACUUCACCAUAAAGCAGAUGAGACAAGGGGCUUUCCUGGUCAACACAGCUCGAGGUGGGUUAGUAGACGAAAAAGCACUUGCACAGGCCCUGAAGGAAGGAAGGAUACGAGGGGCAGCCUUAGAUGUACAUGAGUCAGAACCAUUCAGCUUUAGUCAGGGCCCCUUGAAGGAUGCACCAAACCUGAUCUGUACCCCACAUGCAGCCUGGUAUAGUGAACAAGCCUCCAUUGAGAUGCGGGAGGAAGCAGCACGAGAGAUCCGAAGGGCGAUCACAGGUCGUAUUCCAGACAGUCUGAAAAACUGUGUUAACAAAGAUCACUUGACUGCAGCUACACAUUGGGCCAGUAUGGACCCUGGAGUUGUUCAUCCAGAGCUUAAUGGUGCUGCAUACAGCAGGUAUCCCCCGGGCGUUGUCAGCGUGGCUUCCACUGGCAUACCUGCAGCAGUAGAAGGAAUAGUCCCCAACCCCAUGUCUCUAUCACACGGCCUCCCUGCUGUAGCCCACCCGCCCCAUGCUCCUUCCCCCGGCCAAACUGUCAAACCAGAAGCUGAUAGAGACCACCCGAGCGACCAAUUGUAGCCAACAACAGCAUUCCCAGCGCCGGAGACUUCAGCCGCAGCGUGGAAAACAACACAACACAAAACAAAACCCUGGAUUUUGAUUAAAGGCAAAACCAUGAACUUACAGGAGGAGACGAUUAUUGGUUUAGAAACUGGUCCAAUAUACAGUAUAAAAGGAAAAGGUGGGAGACAAAAAGAAGAUUUGGAAACAUUUUUUCCUCCGUAUAAAUUGUAGUUUGUCCCUGUCCAGUGGACUGAUUCACUGUUUCUGUGUCCUAUGGGUUCUUUGUUAAGCAAGAGAAGUUAGUAGUUAAUUAUAUCAUGAAUGUACUUGUCUGUGUACAGUUUCUAGAACAUUAAAAAGGGUUUGUUUGCUUAGCUGUCAACAAGGAAAAACAUAAGGGAGGCAUUCAACAAACCAGUUUUGAGAUUAAAAAUCCUUUCUUUUAUAUUUUCAAACAUGCCCAAAAAUGAGGCAGUUGGCAAACUUCUCAGGACAAUGAAUUUUUCCCAUUUUUCUUUCUACGCCACACAGUGCAUUGUUUUUUCUACCUGCUUGUCUUAUUUUUUAGAAUAAUUUAGUAAACAAAAGAAAAACAGUUUCUCCUAAUUUUGGCAUGAGUUCCCUUAUUUCAAAAUGAAGACAACCUUGCAAAGAGAUUUUGAGGAAAAAAAAAAGGUUUUGUAUAAACGAGCAUUGUGCUUUUUGUCACCAGUUAAAGUAUAUAUUAUUGGUGGUAUCUGGAAAAGGCACUAGACUACUGAAAAGUAGCAGCAUUUCAUUGCCUACAUUGAUUCCUUCCUGGUAAUGUGGUAGGCUAGCAAUAUUUUUGGUUAAAAUCAUGUUUGUGACUGUAACCAUUUGUAUGAAUUAUUUUAAAGAAAUAAAAAUCCCAGACAAAUAUCAUAUGUGUAAAAAUUUUUAUUUCUAGUAACUGUUUAUUCAACUUUUAUUAGGUUUCUUAGCUGUAAUUUUUAAACAGAUGCUGUCAAGUAUUUCAUUUCUAGCUUUACUUUGCUCUCUGUUGUUUGUAAUACUGUCUUGGAAGCUUGAAAAAUAAAAAAAAAAUAAUUCUUUCCAUACCAUUUUUCCCUUUACAUUUCGUAAAUGUUGAUCUUUUUUCCUGUGUUUCUAAUGGAGUUUGAAAUUAAGAUGGAUUUUGAUUUGUACACCGGCAUCAUCAGCUACAAUGUGGUAACAGCAUUUAUGCCACCACUGUGGGCAGAGCAGAGGAGGUACAACAGCAACACAACAACAACAGUAAUAAUAAUAAUAAUAAAUGUCUUUUGCCGAAGUCCAA